AUGCGUCCUAUUCAUAUGUCCCGUCGUUAUAAUCAAAUACAACGUCGUCUUCAUCUUCAACAACAACGACAACAACGACAACAACAACAACAACAACAACAACAACUACAACAACAAUAUCAUGUGGUCUUUCGUGUUCGCCGUUUGCUCGGUGGUGGCAGUGGUACUGUCACCGUAACAAGUGCCAGUCCAUUGACCAUCACCGUCAAUCGUGCACCAUCAUCAGUUGCUGCUCCUCCUCCUCCACCACCACCACCAGUUGCUCCAGUACAACAACAACAACAAUCAUCUGAUCAUCCUGAUUAUACUUAUAGUGAUUGGCUUCAAUCAGCUUUAAUUCGUGCUGUUUGUUAUUGUACAUCAGUGGAAGAUUUUCAACAAGAACGAACUUAUUUGGAAUUAACACUUCUUAUUAAUGGCUAUUCAUUAUUAUUUGUUGAAACUCAUGUUAAACAUUUCUUCAAUCAUUUUCAUGCUCAAACAUUACGAUUUUCAAGAAGUCAAAGUGCCUAUGAUAAUUUUCGUCAACAAUGGUUUACGUUUGUUGAACAACGACAAGAACUUACACAAGAACUUCAAAAAUUCGAUCAAAAUGAUCGUUUAAUCCAAUUCAAUUAUAUUCAUGACUUUGGACCACGGUGUAGAUUCAAUCGAGAAUUUUAUCAACUUUGGUUUCAUUAUUUUCAACAACAUCCAAAACUAUCCCAAGAAAAGUGCAAAAUUAUUUUACAAGCUAAACAUUUUCAUUCAUUGAAUAGUCUAUUAACAAUAGAACCACCAUCACCUCCAGUUCAACAAUGA